GGAAAUCAAAGGAACCAAUCUGUCAGGACAACUCCCUCCAACUCUGGGCAAGCUAUCCAAACUUGAUCCAUUGAAUUUGUCUUUAACUGCAAUCACAUGCCCUCCUAACAAGAGUCCGUGUGUGGUUCAGCAAUUCUCUCAAAGUUCCUUUUGCCGCCAGUGCCCCUCGUUCUGCUCCACCUGCAACAAGACAGCACCAC